AUGCUUGAGGAUCAUUCGUUGGACUGCAUUCCGGAGAUUGAAGUCGGCGAUACCCAGAACAAGGACGACCUCCACCAAUACGUUUCUCAAAAAUUACAGAGGACUAGAUUGUUCCGGGGAAAUCCUGAAUUUCUCGAAGAAACCAUCAAGGCUAUCAGUCAAAAAGCCGAGGGCUUGUGGGAAUGGGCCAAUCUUGUCAUCAAAUCUGUCCUGCGCUGUCGUUCAAAAGAGCAGAUUCGAAAGGUGGUCAAGAAAAUGCCGCAAGGUAUCAGCGCCAUGCUUUGCGAAGAACUGCAGCGACUGAGUAAAGAUUUAUCAGAAGGGGAAGAACUAUCUAGUGACGAUGCAUCAGAAGGAGGGAGACCUACUGCACGGAUCCAGCAGUUGAACGUGUUGCUCACCUUUGUUGCUACAGCUCAAAAACCACUGACCGUGCGUCAACUUGAUAUUAUCCUCGAGCUUAUUCUAAAGGAGGAGCUUAUGAGUCUUGAAGACGAUAUUCGCACGCUUUACUCCACUUUGUUUUAUAUAAGAGACAACGACGAUCAGCACAACUUUGAUGAAAAUGGUGGUGUUGUUACUCUUCGGCAUAGCUCCUUUUACGAGUUUUUCAGGAUGUCUGAGGAGUCCGGACUCAUUCAUGUCGACGUCGAUCGUGCGGAGGUGGGCUUCGUAUACGUCUGUCUUUAUGCCCUCAGUGAGAGCCAAACACCUUUUUUAAAGCUAUCCACAAGCGGCCUCUGGGGAUAUGCCGAGAAAUUCCUGCCAUCACACCUUACCCGUGCGGAUCCCGAGAAGGCGGGAAAGCUACGAGGCGAUAUUUCGACCUUGCUUGCAAGUCUGUUCAGCAAUGGGCAAGAUAUACGAUGGUUCAUUCACGAGUUGCAUAUAAGGUGGUUUGGAUCGUACUCGUUCUACCCAACAUGCGAAGUAUCAGAGCUUGGUUCCCACUGGCUGGAUGCUCAAGAUCAGGAUACCGCAAAUCAGAGGGCCGAGGUUGUACUCCAUUGGCUUCUUCCAGGUCCAAAACAAAGUUUCAUGGAUUAUGCCCGAUCCUCAGCCAUGACAAGUGAUGCGUGUCCCUUCACCAUUCUCUUGUCAUUCAUGGUAGCGUGUUGGAGUAAAGGCUGGCUAGAGCCAGAGGAAGUUAAGGAGGAUGAUGGUUUGCCUGCCAUCGCCCCUGCCAUCUUGACAGUAUAUGAUUCAAUGGCAAAGGGAAUGAGGGGGCCUGAUAUCGUAGACAUGGCAUCAAAGGUAUCAGAUGUUAUGUGGGAUCACAGAAUGCCUGCUAAGGUCUUGAUUCCCGCCCAGUCACAAAAGCUUCAGCAGACACCGAUGUGGCAUGCACGUGUCGCUCAAGCACUACUCCUGCGACAUUGCUACGUGCAAGCACUUGAGCAUUUUCAGAUUUCGGUUAAUGAAAACCGAAAGACUCCGGCAUUCAGUACACAAUCCUUGUCUGUAAUACACAGAGAUAUGUCUCGUGCCUAUUUCGAGGUCGCGAUGCACAAAGAGGCAUUGGAGCAUCUUGAAUUAUCGGAGACUCUUCGCAGCAUCACUGGGAAUAAGGAUGAUCGCCACGUACAUCAUCCUAUAGAAGAUUUGCUCAACAAGGCGCAAAUGAAACACCAUGCGAAACUGACAGAUGAGGCAAUUGAAAACGCAGAGGAAGCCUGGAAUCUAUUACUGGGAGAGAAAGGCAUGGAUCGCGAUAUUCACUUGUUUCCCUUCUUCGAGAUCUUCAUGGAAUUGAACCAGGCGCACCGUCUGCGGUCCGUGUUGGACCUUGCUUUCAGUUAUUUUGAGGAGACAGCGGAUAGUAGAAGCAUACUUCUCGAUUUUGAGCGCUUCAUCCUCAACUCAUUCAUUUUUGGAACCCGCAUCAUGUACAGGGUCCUUCAUUAUGCCCUAGCCGAAGACGAUCAGGACUACCUUGAUCUUGCUGCCAGGGCCCUAAAGAAGGUCGAUACUGAUCUUGAGGGUUCUGCAAUAGUCAAAUACCUCUUCGCGACAGUGUUGUUUGAAAAGGGAAAGAGGGACGUAGGAGUACAAGGCUGGUAUGAAGUGGCCUCCCUCUCCUCGGUCUCUUCUAACAAAUGGGAGAAGUCUUCUCACAUGCGCUCAAUUGGGAACCUAGUCGCCUUGUGCUUGAAUAGUGCCGAAAUCCCUCACUGGGAAAGGUCGCCACUGAUUCUGGACCAGAACAGUCAGCUUUGCGACAUCUGUCUGGUUCUCUCGACCUGGCUCCGAGGUUGUGGGGACAUUAUAAGCGCUAGAGAUGCUCUUCGCUGGUGCGUGAAGGAGUGUAUCUCCUUGCUUUCAGAUGAUGAUCCUUCAAACGACAUCAAUGCCCUCGUGGGACUUUUCAAGGUAUUCCUGGUUGCUACUGAUAGUGAUGAAGACCUUGACGCAGUCUUAUACUUGAUCAAGCAAGACACGGAGCCACGAAUGCGAGUAUCUCGUAAUAUGGCAGGUGCUAAAAAAAGAAUAGACGAUGAUGUGCAGUUUGACGUCUUCAGCAAACUCCAAGAUGUACAAUUGACAGACGACGGAGAUCAAUGUCAAGAAGCCAGUGAUGAACAUAUAGACGAUCUUUUCUAUGCUGGCAUUGUUUGCGACCCCUUGACCGAGUGUUCGAGCUGCAAGCGGGAAGUUGGGUCCUUGCAUCACUGGUAUUUCUGCCGCCAUUGCGCGUUCUCGGCGCUUUGUCGGGGAUGCUACCACCAGCUCGACUCGGGCAAUCCAUGCAGGUUCUCACGAAUUUGCAAUGCCGAGCACCAAUUUUAUUACACAGGCCCGCUUCUUCGGCCUUCUGAGCGCGUGCCCAAAGGCAUGGUGCCCUUGAAUUCUUCUGGUGGCGAGCAACGGAGUAUUUGGGUAGAAGAAUGGAAAGACAGACUUGCAGAGAAAUGGGAAAUCGCAGAUUUUACGUUUGAGGGUGGGUUGUCAGCUUGGUGUAUGCGUAUUCUCCCGGAGCCGCAGAGGGCUCGCUGGGCUACAUUCUUUCAGACAUGA